AUGGUGAAACGGCCCAAGACCGGCCAACAGGUGCGCGCGCCCCCUCGUGUUCCCCCGUUCCUAUCCCCCUUGCCCCCUUCACCCCUCCCCCCUCACCCCCAGUCUCCCUCUCCCCUUGUCCCAUCGAUUCCCCCACUCGUGUCCCUUCAGGAGUGCUUCUUCCGCCUGUUCGAGUCGGAAAUCCAUGCCACCAUCAUGGCCGUCGCAAAAGCAUUCGAUGCGUACAUGAGUUAUUGUUCAUGCCUGCGUGCUACCCAUUGCCCCCUCCUCCCACCCAGAAAAGGCCCUUCUUGCCUCUUGCUAUUCCCGUCCUCUCACUUUCCCCUUCACCCCAUUCCCUUCAAGCAUCCUCCAGACUCCACCAUGCUGGCGCACAUACAUCAUCUCUCUCCUCAGCACACGCCACGACUACGGGACUCCACUGUGCUGGCGCACAUCAUGUCUCUCCUCAACCCCCGCCACGACUAUGGCCUGCAGUUGUUUCUGUACUCCACCGUGCUGGCUCACAUCAUCUCCCUCCUCAACGCUCGCCACGACUACGGCCUGCAGCUCUUCCUGCUCUCCAUAGACGAAGGCAUCACGGGGUACAGAGACGACUCGCUAGAGACAGUCAAGCGGAACGAGAAGCAGUACGGCAUUCCUCUCACCAUCCUGUCAUACAAGGACCUGUACGGGUGGACCAUGGAUGAGAUUGUCGCAACGAUUGGCCGCAAGAACAACUGCACGUUCUGCGGGGUGUUCAGAAGACAGGCCUUAGACAGGGGAGCAGCCCUCCUGGGAGCGGACAAGCUGGUCACGGGGCACAAUGCAGACGAUUUCGCCGAGACAGUAUUGCUGAAUCUAUUGAGGGGGGACGUGGCGAGGCUCAGUCGCUGCGCUGCCAUCACCACGGGGGAGGACUCUGCCCUUCCCAGGAGCAAACCGUUCAAAUACACCUACGAGAAGGAGAUUGUCAUAUAUCCGCCCCCAAUGUUUUUUCGUGUUCAGUCUCUUUUACCCCUUGUACCCCGCACUCUCUAG